AUGACAUCUCCAACGCUCCUCACUCUCCCGCUCGAGCUCCGCCACGUGAUAUAUUCCUUCUUCAUCCAUCCGCAGCCAAUAUCUCACCCAAUCCCAUCCGUCGGCAUCACCUCUGUCUCGCAUUACCCUCCGCCUCUGUCGCUCCUGUUGGUAAACUCUCAGAUUACAUCGGAAGUACGGGACUACUUCUACGCCACCGCGACCUGGAAACUCAUCUUCAGUCAUGCCUUCAACUUCUUUCGCGUCGACCCGGACUUGCGAGGCCUGGAACACUGGCCGGGUCUGCGGAGGCUGAGGAAAGUGGAGGUGGUCUUCUACUGCGAUAUCCUUCUCUUCGAUCCUUGGGAUGGCGGCUCACGGUUCAGUGGCCAUAAUUCCUCCAGUCGUCCAUCGGGUAAGAAACGGAUCGAGGAGGAAGUCGGCAGGAAGGCCAAGCGAGCAGUGGAUGUUUUACUGCGGGCGGACGACUUGAGGCUGGUGAUAGUUAGCUGGAUCGAUACCACGGCACUUCCGCUCGCCGAGUGGGAGGGAGGGCACGCGGCGAUGCUGGAUCCGUUGAGCAGAUUGGUGGCGAAAGCGGAUUUCAAAGUCGGGAGCGUGAUCAUGGGCAGAGGGACGGCGGCAGAGGUGGACGGCGGGCGGACUGCGUUUGCCAGCAUUCUGCACAGCGUAUUGUUUGCAGAUGGAGGGGAGACCAGGCCAUCAAGACUGCUUCUAGACGGUACAGCUGAGAAUGGCAGUGAAAGAGCAGGCGGCUCUCAUUCUUCUUCUCAUGAGCAACCUGCUCAGCUGCGCCUUCUCGCCUUCGAUUCUCGACAGGAUCGCAGACUUCACGCCACCAUGGUGCAGAGUGCGUCUCCUCAGUCACGCUGCAAUUCGGUGCAGUGCAAGGCGUUCACAGGAACCGCCGGAUGGGACAUUGCGGAGCCAACUUAG